UUCCUGCGCAUUCGCCGUCCCGGCAUGCCGUGCGUUAUCUCGCGUUGUCUGCGCAGCCUGUCGCGAGAUUUGGCCCUAUAAGCCCGCAUGAGGCGGCCCGGCAGGCCUCUUUUUUUUCCCUUUUCCCAAGAUGGCGCCGAAGGCCAAGAAGGAGGCUGUCCCUGCUAAGACUGAGGCAAAAUCCAAGGCUCUGAAGGCUAAAAAGGCCGUAUUGAAAGGAGUCCACAGUCACAAGAAGAAGAAAAUCAGGACGUCUCCCACCUUCAGGAGGCCCAAAACUUUACGAUUACGGAGACAGCCCAAAUAUCCCAGGAAGAGUGCUCCUCUAGUACAGGAGGCCCCCGACUUGCAACACGAUUGGUUCCUGGGGAAACGUCGCAAACUUGAUCACUAUGCUAUUAUCAAGUUCCCUCUGACCACGGAGUCAGCCAUGAAGAAGAUCGAGGAUAACAACACCCUGGUCUUCAUUGUUGAUGUCAAGGCCAACAAACACCAGAUCAAACAGGCUGUCAAGAAACUGUAUGAUAUUGAUGUGGCCAAGGUCAAUACGUUGAUCCGGCCGGAUGGUGAGAAGAAGGCUUAUGUGCGACUUGCACCAGACUACGAUGCACUGGAUGUAGCCAACAAGAUUGGAAUCAUCUAAACGCAUCCACCAAGAGCUGGGCAGAUGAGAGAAUAAAUUUUGUAAAACCA